ACUGUCAGCGACACCUCCUCCCUCUUUCCCCCCCUCUCCCCCUCUCCGCUCUCACCUUCGUUUCGUCCUGUCCAUCUCGCGCCUCGCACACGCUCCUUCUCCUCUCGACGACGCUCAUUACUGAACAAGGGUCGAAUCGACCGCACUUCACCCUCUCCUAUCCGUGUUUAUCUACUCCCUAGCAAGUCUUGAUAGAGAUGCUCUCGACCCGCUUCCUCGCCCUCGCCCUCGUCGCAUUGGCCGCCAUCCUGGCUGGCAGUGACGUCGAGGCGAAAAAGCACAAUGCCAACUGCAAGGCUGGUCUUCCUUGGGGCGCCGACAACCGAUGGGCGUCCAAGAUGGCAAAGGGCUGUGUCAAGUGGAUCCACCACUGGGAGAACGCCGUGGUCCCCCAGGUUGAGGGCAAGCUCGACUAUGUGCCCAUGUACUGGGGUCCCAAGAAGGCUGGCAAGUGGAACGACCGAAAGAAGUGGAUCAACAAGCACAAGCCCAACUACAUUCUCGCCCAAAACGAGCCCGACGUGCCGGGACAGGCCAACCUCUCGCCCAAGCAAGCUGCCAGCGAAUGGAUCAAGGAGCUCCGCCACUACCAGAAGAAGGGCAUCAAGAUUUCGAGCCCGCAGAUUGUCUACGACAUCAAGUGGAUGGACUCGUUCAUGAAGCACCUCAAGCAGCACGGAGCCAAGCCCGACUUUAUGGCUGUCCACUGGUACGGUUCGUGGAAGGACACGGCCAAGCUCAAGAAGUACAUCAAGCGGGUCCACAAGCGCUACAACCUGCCCGUCUGGGUCAGCGAGUACGGUGUCACGCAAAAGUCGCACGGUAGCCAGAGCCAGGUCAGCCACUUCCACUCCAAGGUCGACCGAUGGAUGGACUCGCAGCCGUACGUUCACCGCUACGCCGCCUUUGGUUGCUACGCCUACGGCAACGCUCCCGACAGCUUCGGCGCGCAGCAGAACGCCUUCUUCAGCAAGGGUGGCAAGCUCCGCAACAGUGCCUACAGCUACAUGUACGGUGCCAGCGGCAGCAAGAAGCACGGCAAGCGCGAUGCUACGGCUACGGCCAACAUCGAGGCUCACGCAGCCCGCUCGCCCGGUGCCCACCGUCACCACAACAAGCGCGUCCACUCGCUCGCCCAGGCCAUCGAGCUGCAGGCGCGCAACACGACGCUGGACCCUCACGAGGACGGCGAGGCCCUUGACCCGCUCAAGAGCUACAUCAACGGCUGGGAGGUCACGCCCGAGGAGGCCGAAGAGUACUUCAACCACGACGACGAGGAGGAUGACAAGGAGAACGCCAACGCCGACGACGCUGAGCACGACGACGAGAUCAGCCGUCUCCGUGACCAGGCUCUCGACGAGGCAGACGAGAAGGAAGACGAGCUUGAGAAGAUCGAUGAAGUCAAGACCGACGACGACGACGACGACAACUAAUUCUCCGUCUCUCCCAGCUCUCUCUCUCUCUCUCUCUCUCUCUCUUUCAGCAUUCUCUUCCUUAAUUCUCCUCUCAGCUCCUCUGGCAAGCUUUCUCUCUACAGCAUCACUGUUCACGGUCUCUUCUCUUGGUCCACUUUUGAUAAGCGG